AUGGGUAGAGUUAGAACUAAAACCGUCAAAAGAGCCUCAAAAGUUCUUAUCGAACGUUAUUAUCCAAAAUUAACUUUGGAUUUUGAAACCAACAAACGUUUAGCUACUGAAAUUGCUACUAUUCCAUCAAAACGUCUUAGAAACAAAAUUGCUGGUUACACCACUCAUUUAAUGAAACGUAUUCAAAAAGGUCCAGUUAGAGGUAUUUCUUUCAAAUUACAAGAAGAAGAACGUGAAAGAAAAGAUCAAUAUGUUCCAGAAGUUUCUGCUUUAGAUUUAUCAAACACUAAAAACCAAUUAGAAGUUGAUCAACAAACUGCUGAUUUAGUUAAAACUUUAGGUUUCAAAAUUCCUUUAUCUGUUGUCUCAGUUUCAUCUCAAAGAGCUCCAGAACGUCGUUUCAAAAGAAGAAACUAA